AUGACGACCCAGCAGCCGAAGCGUGGUCUGGCCGACUUCUUCAAGCCGUACGUGAGAGCGCGCUUCUCCCCCGCGCCCACCAUCCCACAGAAACGACCGUCACCACUACCUGAAGGACCCUCAAGCCUUGCCAUGAGUCAGCUGGAUGGGCCUGCCUUCUCCAAGUCAUCUACGCCCAAGCGACGACCCUCGACGCCUCCAGUACCGCAAAGACAAGAUGCAGCGGGCAGAAUGACGCCCGAUCCGCCGUCCCAAGUAUCCGCCAUUACACCACACUCCACACGACUGGCCAUUCGCACGCCCAAAAGCGUCAGAUCUGGCGCUCUGCCCACGACUGAGGAGCCUGAGGAUGCGACACCGUCUCUGGUAUCUCGCAGGUUCGAUUCAGUGUCGGAUUUGAGCUCUCCGCCUUCGUCACCAACUUCACCAUCGCCAGCCAAGCAAGUGAAACUCUCCGCUGUCGAUAGGUCGACUGUACCGCCCGGAACUCAAAGCGUCGUACGAGGCGGCAAGGUCGUCGCAGUUCGAGACUCAGAUGAGGAGGAUACAGACUCGAUAGGAUCUCUUACCGACCUCUUUGGAGUAAACGAACAUGAUGAAGGCCCAACCGAAGAAACAGACCGAGACAGACUUGAGGCCGAUCGAGUGAGCACACUCAAGCUGUUCUUAAAUGGUGCUCCAGAUCCAGCGGCCAGCAAGCACAGACUACGCGAAAUCAUGGCCAUGAAAAAGUCGACCAAGCGUAGUGCUGCCAAAUUCCUAGACUAUCAACGCAGUGAUGCUGCCGACGCGCAAGCGCUGGAGAAGUUGAAGCACAGAUAUGACUCGACUUUGCGCGACCUGGAUGCCGCGGCGUCAAGUGCCAUGUCUAAGGCCGAUAUGCUCACUAACCUCGAAGCGUCCGUUGGCGACGAUGACGGCGCUGAGCACAUCAUUGGAGCCGUCCGCCGGACUGAGGCUCUUUCGGUGGACGCCAGUUACACGUUCUUCGGCAGCGCGGGCAUGAGGGACCUCUCUCGGGACCGCCCAAAGCUUCCUGCUUUCCCCAGCGACGCCAUACCGUUCGAAUUGUGGCGCCACUACGAUGACGAUAGUCGGGCCCGCGUAUAUCAGACCGGAAUAAUGACGCACCUCGCAACCCGAAAGCAACUGGAUGACAGUGCCUUGGAUUGGACAUUCGAGGCCUUCACCUCAGAAGCAGAUCUGUCCCAACGAUCCGCAUAUGCCGAAUGCUUAGAGGCUGCAGCACCCGUCUGGGCCCGGUAUCACGUCAACCCAGAAGACGUGCAGUUCUGCUUCUGGUCUCUAUCAGCUAAACAAGAGAACAUGGCGCAUUCGAGUCGAUACGAGCUCCGGCCACAGCCUCUUCAAGCUCCUGCCCUGCAUACAGAAUACAUGGUCUCUACGCUCGACCUCUUCAUCAAAAUCUGCGCUCAUAUGAGCUUCGAGUCGUUGAGUGCGCUUACGACGAUCCUGUGUCAAAUCAGCGCAGACGCUUCCCUUAUGGCUAUCUCGAGCGUUGCAUCCCGAGUCGAGGAUCUCUUCGAAUACCUCCUUGGACGCUACUCCGAUGAAGAAAAUGCUCUGUUCAUUGCCUCACACAUGGUAUUGACCCUGCCUCAGACCUUACACGAGCCAACGCUGCAGGCCCGAUUGCUCGAGCAUAUCCGCCCGACUUCCGAGUGCGCGAUCAAUACUCGCAUUACACUUGCCAAUCUCUUCCUCUUCGGCGUGUCCUCCCCACAAACAUCCUCUAUCGCAUCACGGCCGCCCGGAGUAUAUCUGCCUGCGCUUACUAGACUCAUCUUAACUUCCGACGACUUCGCCACCGCCCGCUUACGCACUACGCUCAACUACACCGACCUACGGGCACGCACUAUCAUCCUCGACAUUGCGAUCUCAGAUGGCGGACGUCCAGCGUCAUUUCCCUCUGGCACCUACCAGAAAGCAUCAGACUUCAACCGAGAGAUCGACGCUCUUGCAACAGCAGUCCGAAAGACCUGGCGCAACAUCGCAGACACUGGCGCGAGCCAUAUGAAGAGAACAGAAGCGAAAGAAAAGCUGGACUGUGUGUAUCAUCGACUAGUCUACGUGGUGAGAACGGAGCCGCCACAGAAGCGGCAUGUCUUUGACCCGACCACAGGAAAGUUGGGCGAUGGAGAUGAAGUCAGGGAAAAAGAGAGGGGAAGGGUUGCUAUGAAGAAGUUCCUCGAGAUAACGAAGCAAAAUGGGAAGGAUGGACCGCGAAGCGGUCACGUGGCGAUUAAGGUAGAGAGAACAUUGAUGGCGGAGGACAGGGAUGCGUGUGAGGAGAGCAUGGAUGUGGGUAUGGAUGACCGUGCGCCGGAGACUGUGCCGAUUGGGGUGACAGUGAGGACCGACUUACUUCAUACGGCCACCGCCCGCAGUGACGCGAGACGGGCAAGCAGUAGUGCAACUGCGUACGCAGAUGCGCUAGAGUACCAGACAUCGCCGCCAGCUGCGAUCUAG